CUUCAUUUUGACGUUGUCUUCUCUUUGUUUGUAUGUGCCUGUGUGUGUGUGCCUGUAUCUGUGCGUUUGUGUGUGUGUGUGUGUGUGUGUGUGUGUGUGUGUGUGUUUGUGCCCGUGUGUGUGUGUGUGCUGUACUAUCGGAUACCAGAAGUCCCACAGCAAGAACGACACGGUGAUCGAGUUCCUGUCGCCCACGGUGAACUGCUCCUACGAGGGCCAGCAGCUGAAGGUCUACGUCCAGCUGGACAACUUCGAGAAGGAGCUGAAGUCCUUCGACUACCACCCCGACCCCACCUUCAACGAACUGCCCAAGAAAGUCAUCACCGAGACCAGCAUCAUCAUCGUCACCGGUCAAGGCUUCUCCAAGGCCAUGACCUCCAAGGAGGCCCAGGCGUACCUGGGCGACGUCCCCUGUCUGGUCAACACCCUCCAGGACGACAAGCUGUUCCUCGACCCCCCCGCCACGCAGCCCCGGGCCCGCUCCAAGCGCCACCGGAGGGACACCAGGUCUGAGCCCCUGGACCUGCUGAUCAUGUUUGGAAAGGGGGAGUGGGUGGUGGGCUCGGUGCAGUACGAGAGGAAGUACGAGGUGCCGCUCCCCAUCAUCAUCACCGCCGUGAUCGUGCCCAUGCUACUCAUCAUCGGCGUCUCCAUCUUCUGCUACAGGAGGAAGAGCGAGCAGGCGGAGCGGGAGUACGAGAAGGUCAAACACCAGCUGGAGAACCUGGAGGAGAGCGUGAGGGACCGCUGCAAGAAGGAGUUCACAGACCUGAUGAUCGAGAUGGAGGACCACACCAACGACGUCAGCGAGGGCCGCAUGCCCUUCCUGGACUACAAGACGUACACGGACCGCGUGUUCUUCCUGCCCUCCAAGGACGGCGCCAACGACGUCAUGAUCACGGGCAAGCUGGACAUCCCCGAGGCGCGUCGCGCCACCGUCACCCAGGCCCUCAACCAGUUCUCCAACCUGCUCAACUCCAAGACCUUCCUCAUCACCUUCAUCCACACACUGGAGGGUCGUCCGGAGUUCAACGCGCGUGCUAAGGUGUACUUUGCGUCGCUGCUGACGGUGGCACUGCACGGCAAGCUGGAGUACUACACGGACAUCAUGAGGUCCCUGCUGCUGGACCUGAUGGAGAGCUACGUCCACAGCAAGAACCCCAAGCUCAUGCUCCGCAGGUCCGAGACAGUGGUGGAGAGGAUGCUGUGCAACUGGAUGUCAAUCUGUCUCUAUCAGUUUCUGAGGGACUCGGCGGGCGAGCCCCUUUACAAACUGUUCCGAGCCAUCAAGCACCAGAUCGAGAAAGGGCCGGUCGACGCCAGGCUGAAGAAAGCCAAGUACACACUCAACGACACACGCCUGCUGGGGGACGACGUGGAGUACUGUGUGCUGAACCUUCAGGUGCUGGUGCAAAACGAGGGCCCGGACGUGACGCCGGUGAAGGUGCUGAACUGCGACACCAUCUCCCAGGUGAAGGAGAAGAUCAUAGAGCAGGUGUACCGCAACCUGCCCUACACACUGCGGCCCAAGGUGGACAGCGUCACGCUGGAGUGGCGCCCCGGCUCCACCGGGCAGAUCCUGUCAGACCUGGACCUCACCUCCCAGAAGGAGGGCCGCUGGAAACGCAUCAACACACUGGCCCACUACAACGUGAGAGACAACGCCACCGUGGUCCUCUCCAGAGUGAAGCACACCCAGUAUAACUACGACCAGAACCAGGAGAGCCAAGAGGAGAGGAACGCCCUGCUGGAGGACGACAAGGUGUUCCACCUGGUGAGACCCAUGGAGGAGCUGGACGAGAUCAAGUCGAAGCGGGGCAGCCUCAAGGACAAGUCCAUGACCAAAGCCAUCACUGAGAUCUACCUGACGCGCCUGCUCUCGGUCAAGGGAACUCUCCAGCAGUUUGUGGACGACUUCUUCCGGAGUGUUCUGUGCUCCGGGGCAGUGGUGCCGCCCGCCAUCAAGUACUUCUUUGACUUCCUGGACGAGCAGGCGUUGAAACACGACAACGUGGACGAGGAGACGGUCCACAUCUGGAAGACCAACAGGUGCAGCCCACAUACACACGCACAUGCAUACAUGCACACACACACACGCAUGCACGCAUGCGCACACUCACACAAACACACAUGCACGUAUGCGCACAAACACACGCAUGCACACACACACACACUCACACACAGACACAAACAUAAAACAACCCACACACAAGCCCACACUCUAUUUGUAUGUAUACAUAAAUGCAUACAAUCACACAUACAUACCCAAGCACAUGCAUACACACGUGUAUAUACACACAUAUGCAAACUCUCACACGCAAUCACACACCGAUGUGCAUUUCCAAAAAUGUUCGGUUUUUCAAACAAGCCGAUGCCCCUUUUUAUUACACACGGACCACCUCCCUCUGACCCAAACAGACACACACACACACACUUCGGCAGGCCCACCUCUCUGCGCGGCAAACGUAACUCCCCUAGAUAAACCAUCCCAAGUAAUAGAAGUUACUUAUCCGCCCAAACGCCUGAAUACCAAUGCACAUUUUCCGCUCGGUCGGUUAUCAUUUGCAAUCCCCCCGUGCCCCCGCGUGACAUUUUAAGUGCAUAAAUUAGUGUCACCAGUGGGCUGGCGUCGGGCGGGCGAGCCGCACGCCGCGACCGUGCCCGUGAUUGACGCCGCGCUGUCAAGUGAGCCGCGGUGUGGGGGGAGGGGACAGGAAGCGCCGUUUAAUUACUUAUUUUCACUUCACGCCAUGUCCUCGUUCUCCCCCUCCCCUCCCCCCGCUCUCUGUUUAUCGAGUCAGCUGAGAGACACCUAGGAAAUUAUAAACGGGGCGGCUGUGUGUGUGUGUGUGUGUGUGCAUCCAGCACAUCAACGAGCAAACAUGGUAAUGACGUCCCCAGGUGACUUAAUUGUAUGAUCAUAACACGUUUUUGCGUUUUUCCGGAGGCUUUUGUUGUUGAUCGGGAAGCCUCUAUUCCCCGGGAAGCAGGGUAUUCGUUUUUAUGCUCGGUGUGUUUUUCCCCCGGUGGAUCAGCACACUAGUGGAGUCAUGCUUAUUCAGAUAGUGGGGAAAGUGCCGUCGACUGAAUCUUAUUCGUUCUUC